AUGAAGGCCUGCUACUCGCAUCGUAGGUACCGACCUGAUCGAAUAAUACGCUAUCAAUUCGGUAACACGAACACAACAUCCAUCGAUUCUGCUGAGCGAUCGGUGACUCAACGAAGAAGUGCACCAUUUUAUACAGAAUUGAGCUACGUAUCGUGCCUGUUACUCAUUCCCUGUGCCAGCAAAACAGAUUAUUGCGCGGUAGUGGCAAAAAUUGAUGAGCGGUUUGCAAAAAAUAACAUGAUGCUCAUCACGCAAUGCAUUUCAUUUGUAGAACUGAACAAACACGGUAACUCUGCGCGGUAA